GCAGACGAACUGGUUCAGACUUUAAUCAGAGCUCUCGCCCGCUCCUUGCAGCCGCCGCUGCGCCUUAGCAAGGGAGGAAGUGCCGACUCGGCUGCACGCCCAAAGCAGCGGCCCGCAUUGGGGGUUGGCUGGGCGCGAGCCGGGAGGCCAAGCUGUGAGCGCCGAGGGAGCUGGAGAGACUGCUGCGGCACCUCCGGCCGCUCCGGGGCACACCCAACCACUGGGCUACGGGACCAAGGGUCGCCCCGCCCGGAGGCCGCCCCUGAGCGUGCCUCGCAACCCCGCCGUCCAGUGCUCCCUGGCCGGCUCCCGCCUCCAGCCUGCCAACUCAUCCGGGAGCCUGGGGCAUGAACGGCUACGGCUCCCCCUACCUGUACAUGGGCGGCCCGGUGUCGCAGCCGCCGCGGGCGCCCCUGCAGCGCACACCCAAGUGCGCGCGCUGCCGCAACCACGGCGUGCUCUCCUGGCUCAAGGGCCACAAGCGCUACUGCCGCUUCAAGGACUGCACCUGCGAGAAGUGCAUCCUCAUCAUCGAGCGGCAGAGGGUCAUGGCGGCGCAGGUGGCGCUACGCCGGCAGCAAGCCAACGAGAGCCUGGAGAGCCUCAUCCCCGACUCGCUGCGCGCACUGCCCGGGCCCCCGCAGCCCGGGGACGCCGCCGCCGCCGCCCCGCAGCCGCCGCCAGCCUCUCAGCCGUCUCAGCCGCCGCCGCCGCGCCCUGCUGCCGAGUUGGCCGCGGCCGCCGCUCUGCGCUGGACCUCGGAGCCGCAGCCCGGGGUUCUGCAGACGCAGCUCGCCAAGCCAGAUUUGGCUGAAGAGCGACUUGGAGAUGGCAGCUCAGCAGAGAAUACAGAGGUCUUCAGUGACAAAGACACUGACCAGAGGAGUUCCCCAGAUGUGACAAAGAAUAAGGGCUGCUUUACCCCUGAGAGCCCUGAGGUAGUGUCUGUGGAUGAAGCAGGGUACGCUGUCCAGAAAAAUGGAGGCAACCCUGAGAGCCGCCCUGACAGCCCCAAGUACCACGCGGAGCAGAACCACCUCCUGAUUGAGGGCCCCUCGGGGACUGUUUCUCUGCCCUUCAGCUUGAAAGCCAACAGACCACCGCUUGAAGUGUUAAAAAAGAUAUUCCCCAACCAGAAGCCAACAGUGCUUGAGCUCAUCCUCAAGGGCUGUGGCGGGGACUUGGUGAGCGCCGUGGAAGUCCUGCUGUCCAGCCGAUCCUCAGUCACGGGAGCAGAGCGAACUUCUGCAGAACCCGAGAGUCUCGUGUUGCCCUCCAAUGGGCACAUCUUUGAACACACCUUGAGUUCCUACCCCAUCUCGUCUUCCAAAUGGUCUGUGGGAUCAGCCUUUCGAGUCCCAGACACUUUGAGGUUUUCUGCCGACUCUAGUAAUGUUGUCCCCAAUCCCUUGGCAGUGCCUCUGCAGCACCCUUUCCCCCAGCCACCCCGGUACCCACUGAUGCUGAGGAAUACUUUGGCGAGAAACCAGUCGAGCCCCUUUUUGCCCAAUGAUGUCACCCUGUGGAACACCAUGACGCUGCAGCAGCAGUAUCAGCUGAGGUCCCAGUAUGUCAGUCCUUUCCCCAGUAACACUACCAGCGUCUUCAGAAGCUCGCCCGUCCUUCCUGCCCGCGCCACCGAAGACCCUCGGAUUUCCAUCCCUGAUGAUGGGUGUCCAAUUGUGUCAAAGCAGUCCAUGUACACCGAGGACGACUAUGACGAGAGGUCUGACUCCUCAGACUCGAGAAUACUCAACACAUCCUCUUAAAGUGGUGCUGGAUGGGUGGCGGCCAGGUGAUAUUUUCUGUGCAUUUUGACCCUGAGGCAUCUGAGGAGAGGCCACAUCUUGUGUAUACCCUUUCCUUCUGUUUGACAAAGUGACUGUGCUUGAUUCUAUACAUUAGCAAUAAAAACAUAACUUAUUUAACUUCUUGCACUUCACUGGAAAAUGCCAAAUAGCUCUGCUCUGUGGCUUUAGUGCUGAAUGUUUAUUGUAAAAGAGAGUCUAAUGUUAAGAAUAGUCUUGGGAAGGCUGGGUCCAUGGAAGAUUUAUUUGGGGAUGUAAAGCUGAAGGUCAGCCUUGCAUCUAAACCCAACCUGGAAUGUUAAAUAAUAUACUUGAAUGCAAUUUUGUAAAAGUGGAUUCCUCAGGAUAUGUGAAACCUAAAGGAAGUGGUUCGAUUGCAAAUGGACUAUAAACAGGGACAUUAUAUUCUUAUGCUAAAAAUCCUUGCAUUUUAAAGAGAGAUGCACUUAAGAAUAGAGUGAACUGCCUCAUGUGCUUAUUUAAGCUUGGACAGUUUUCAGAGACAAACUCCAUUAAGAAUUACUCCUUUCACAUGGCUGAAUCGAAACAUGUGUAAUGUCAAUGUAAAACCAAUCACAGCUGUGAACUGCAUGAAAUGUAUUGUGAAACGAACACAAGAUUAAGCUUUGUCGGGUUAAUAUAGCAUGCUAAGGACUCUAGAAAAAAAUAAACUAAAGAGAUGAG